GCCCGUGUCUGUGUUUGUGUGUGAUGAUGGUGUGGUGUGAGGAUUGUCUUCUCACGUGCGGGGACCUGUGAGUGAGUUCUGAGAUUACUGCCGACAUACUCGCAGUGUCGUGACAUAGUUUUUAGUGAUUGGUGUCAAUAAUUAAUUAGCCGUGCUUAAAAUUGAAAGUGAAUUAAUUAUGCCUUGUGAUAGAUCAAGUGUACUGACAUUCGUUUUUGGGAGUUCUCUGUGUUAAGGAUUGGUGAAGUCUCAAAUAUCUGGCUUUACACUAGAGUCUGAGAAAUCUGUUUUAAACAUACGCGAGGUUGCUCAAAGAUUAAUGAGUUCAUUAACGACUUAAUUGCUAGGCGGAGUCUCCUACCACUUUGUCAGACUUUGAAUCACGUGACCCCGUGACGUCAUGACCAGCUGACGAAAACAUCGUCACUGUCUAAGGCAGUGAGUGUAUCGAUUUUCUAUCGAUAUUAAGUGAUUGAUUCUAAUUUGGGAUAUAUCGAUUUCCUAUCGAUGUCAAGUGAUUGAUUCUAAUUUGUGAAGUAUCGAUUUCCUAUCGAUGUCAAGUGAUUGAUCCAAGUUGUGAAGUGUUGAUCGUGUUGUGAAACUGGUUUUGUUUAUCUCGUGUUCAAAAUGGCGGAGGGAGGAUUACCAAACGCCAUCUACAGGCCGACUCUGAUGGUCAAGGAUGAGAGACCAAAACACAGCAGUGGAGACCUCCACAGCCGGUUAAAGACUCGCAAGCUCCUGGGUGUGGGGGAGACGGACGAUGGGGACAUCCACAGGUCAAAGCUGAGCCAGAUCCUGGGUCACAGUGACCAGCUGUACAUCCGCCUGCCCUACGGCCUCAGGGUAUGGCAGCUCAUCAUGGCAUGCAUGUUCACCUUCAUUGGCACCUGGGCACUAAUCCUACCUUCACACCUGUUCAACACAAGUCUUGAAGGAGUCGACAACAUCACCUUGCCAGUUCGACUAUAUGGUGGUGCAUUAAUUAGCUUGUCCAUUGUGUACUGGGUGACCCUGAGCUCACAAGACAGGGACAUCAUACGCAUGUGCCUGCUCACUUCCAUUGUUUAUUUCGCCAUUCAGUUCCUAGUUACCACCGGUUACCUACUUUUUUCCCCCAACCCCCUGACCAGGAACGCUGCCAUGUUGCUGUUGGGUCAAGGUCUUUUCAUCCUGGUCAGCUGGUUCUACCACUGGGCUCUCGUCCAGCGCAAGUUCUUCUCUUCCAUGAAGCGGUCAGCGUCUUGUAAAGAUCUAAGCAAGGACAAAUAAGUUUCUUCAAUACUCCAGUCUGUGGCAUGCAAAGAUCUAAGGACAACAUUUUUUUAUUCUUUUCAUAUUCCUGUGUCUUUUAUUCAUUAUUUUCUAAUUGUUUGCCUUGAACUAUUGUACAUGCUAUACACACCUGUGAUGACAUGCUAUACACACCUGUGAUAGCAUGCUAUACACACCUGUGAUAGCAUGCUAUACACACCUGUGAUGACAUGCUAUACACACCUGUGAUGACAUACUAUACACACCUGUGAUAGCUUGAACUAUUGUACAUGCUAUACACACCUGUGAUGACAUCAUCCGAAGUAUAUGUUUGCCACAUUUGUGUCAGGGCCACUAUGAAAUACUAAUGCACCAUUAUCUUAAGUUGAAAAAAUGUUAUGUGAAAACCACUCAUUCAAAUAUGAAUGUAUUAAGUUUCUGUUUUUAAAAAAACACUUAUGCGAUUAAUAUAUGAACAUAAAAUUAUAUUUUGUCUGUGUCUGGUUUCCCAUAAGAACCACUGAUGAAAGUAUGAAGCUAUUGUUCUAUCCAGAAACUGUCUCCAACUAUUGAUUGUGUAAUUUUGUUUAACUUUUGUAUAUGCAGCUACUGAUGGAUUUCUCCACUCAGAAUAUCUGACUAAUAGUUGAUACUGGAUAAUUGUUUAGAUUUUAAAAUCCAUUAAAAUAGGUUGAGAUUUCUUUAAUCCGGUAAAAAGGUUGAGAUUUCUUUAAUCCGGUAAAAAGGUUGAGAUUUCUUUAAUCCAGUAAUUGUUUAAGACAUUGGAGCUAUGUGUUUAUGCUUUGAUGUAGGUCAUUUUUAAAUUUAGGGUUAAUCAGCAGGAAACAGAAAUUAAAAUUUAAAUUAAAAAAAAUAAAAUUCAACUAGAUACAAGUAAACUCCACUUAGCUCAAGAUGGGUCAGGUUUGAAAAGUGAACUUUACCUACUUAUUAUUUUAUAAUAAAAAUGUGUUACCCAGUUACAUUUUAAAAAGGCCAUGAACAACUUAUGAAUGUCUUUGUGUCUGCUAAGUCUGAUAUUUAAAUCUUUAUAGCCUAAUUCUAUUUUUGGUAUGUACAUUUAAAAAAAAAAUAAAUCUAGCUAACAAAAUAUUUACAAUAAAAACAAAAUAUAAUUAUUUAGCUUAAACUGUCAAUAAACUGUUAAAUUCAAUUUUGUAAUCCAAGUUUUGAAAUCAUGUAAAUCAUGUGUUGUUGUAUAUUCCAAUAUUUGAUUCGUACAUUUUGCAUGGUUCUGGUUUUAUAAUUUUAAGGUUAUACAUUCAUACCUUUUUGGGCUUUAAAAAAAUCUAGGAAUAAAUUCAUCAAUUAAUUAUGAAAGGAUAUUUAUUGAGAUUCUUAUUAUUAUGUAAAUUAUUGUGUUAUGAUAAAUGUAGUGUUACCCUUUGCGGGAUGAGCAAUUAGAAUCUAAUGAUGAAGCCAUUAAUUAAUUUAGUGUAAUGAUUUUUCUCCCCUGUAUAUGGCUAAUACUAAAUGAAUUUGUUUUAAGAAACUAAGGCUACAGGCUAAUCAGGGAUAUACAGGCCAAGUUAUUGAACACUUGUGUGACAAAACAGUUAAUAUACAGGCCAAGUUAUUGAACACUUGUGUGACAAAACAGUUAAGUUUGAUUCAGGCUAAUCAGGGAUAUACAGGCCAAGUUAUUGAACACUUGUGAGACUAAACAGUAAAGUUUGAUUCAAGGCAGAUGGCUAUGUGCAGUAGUGUGUAAGAUGGGAUGUUUCAAGUGAAAAUAUUCCCAAACUGCUGAUGUCAGAAAGGAAUGAUCCUUUUUGUUAAAUCAUUGACUUCACUUUAACAUAAGGACGGGGAAAAAAACAAUUACUUUUUACAAGAGAUUUCGUCAAAGAAAAAUUUCUUCUUCUCUGCAAUAUAUUCCACCCUUGCUCCCCCCCCCUUAAAAAAAAAAUAACCAAUGUCCUGAUAAUGUCCUGAUAUGUACCCACCUUAAUACCAGCUGCUUUAACCCUUUGUAUGCCUUUGUUCACCUUUUUCUGUGGCUGGUUUCAUGUGACAAAUGUUCUUGUAACAAAUGUUUAUGUAAGUGUUCCAAAACUUGUAUCUUUUGUAUGCUGUUGUUCCAGAACUUGUAUCAAUCACUUUUAAAUGUGUUUCUAUUGUACCAUCAACAUUAAAUU